AUGGAGGUUUUACAAACAAUUUCAAAGCCAAAAACACCUUUUUACGAUGAAGAUCCAAAAGACCGAUAUCAACUGGCAUACAUAAUCCACUUUUUACUUGGUGCCGGUUAUUUGGUUCCAUGGAAUGCAUUUAUUACGGCGGUUGAUUACUUUCAAUACUUAUACCCAACUAAACAUAUCAACAAGGUGUUUUCAGUUGGGUAUAUGUCGGCCGCGGUAACUGUGCUUUUUACCCUUAUGUUUUGGUCAAGGUCUAGCCGGGUUAAGCUGCCUUCGGUUCGAACCCGGAUGAAUUUGGGUCAGGGUUUGUUUAUUUUGGCUUUGAUGGUUGCACCGGUGACCGAUUGGGUUGAACAUGGGAACCAGACCACAACCGGGUCGAAUUUCGCGUUUGUUGUUCUUGUUACUAUGGUUAUGAUUAGUGGGUUGGCUGAUGGUCUUGUUGGUGGCAGUUUAGUCGGAGCCACUGGUGAACUUCCUGGUCGAUACAUGCAGGCUGUUUUUGCCGGCAAUGCCACCGCCGGACUUCUUGUGUCGAUUUUAAGAAUUAUAACAAAGGCGUCGCUGCCACACACUCGAAAGGGACUAAGAAUUAGUACACAGAUCUAUUUUGUGGUUAGCUCACUAUUUGUACUUCUAUGUGUGAUAUGCACAAAUGUUCUAGACAAACUACCGAUUAUUAGAUCCUACCGCAAUAGAAAACACAUUGAUCCGACUCCACACAUGUCAAUCAACUCAAAUUUUUGGGAAGUGGUGAAGAAGAUCCGAUGGCCAGUAACAACGGUUUUCCUAAUCUACGUGGUUUCUUUGUCGAUUUUCCCAGGGUAUUUGAGUGAAAACGUUAAAUCCGCACAUUUAAAGGAUUGGUAUCCUAUUUAUCUGAUAACCGCGUUUAAUGUGGGUGAUUUUUUGGGCAAGUGCUUAACAGCGGUUUAUGUGCCAAAAGAGAGUAAGGGGGCCAUAUGGUGUUGUAUGGCCCGAGUGUUGUUUUAUCCGCUUUUUGUGGGUUGUAUUCACGGACCCAAAUGGAUGCAUAGUGAGGUUCCGGUGAUAGUUUUGACCUUGAUGCUUGGUACGAGCAACGGGUACUUGACUAGUGUGCUUAUGAUCCUUGCACCCAAGUCGGUUCCGAUUGAGGAAUCUGAGGCUGUUGGGAUUGCUAUGGAGACGUUUUUAGUUGUUGGUUUAGUUUUAGGCUCGGCUUUUGGUUGGCUAUGGAACCUCUGAA